UUUGCUUUCCCUCUCUUUUCUUUCACUUCACUCUCUUUUUUCAAAAUUGAAACCCCGAACCAAAUUCUUCCUCUCUUCAAACCCUAGACUCCGAAUCAGAAGAGAUCGAAGCCCUAGUUCUAUGAUCGUGCUGAUAUGGAUCUCUGAUCGCUUGGUUUCCUAAAUAUUUCAGGUAUUUUUCUUUCACUCACCAAUGGUUGUCUUUUGAGGGCUGUCUGCAAGGUUGUAAAGUAGUUCUGUUGUUCUAGAGUUCCAAUAAUGGAUGGUGGCUUGCCUGUGAGUAUUCAAAAUGGUGACACCCAAAAUGAUCCUCUGCUUAUAACUGAUCAAAAUGGAAAUGUGCAAGAUGAUCCUCCAAGGACCUUCCAAGUUGUUGUUGCUGCCACUAGAAAGCUGGGUAUAGGCAAGGAUGGUAAGCUACCAUGGAAGUUGCCAUCUGAUCUCAAAUUCUUUAAGAAGAUAACAUUGUUUACAUUGGAUCCUGGUAGAAAAAAUGCAGUCAUAAUGGGUAGAAAAACUUGGGAAAGUAUCCCAGUCGAUAACAGGCCUUUGCCUGGUCGCUUGAAUGUGGUGCUUACCCGUUCUGGAAGUUUUGAUAUUGCUACUGCAGAAAAUGUUGUGAUUUGUGGAAGCAUGAAUUCAGCCUUAGAUUUGUUGGCAGCAUCACCAUACUGCCUGUCAAUUGAAAAGGUGUUUGUUAUUGGAGGUGGUCAGGUGCUAAGGGAAGCUCUCAAUGCACCCGGAUGUGAGGCUAUACAUCUUACAGAUAUUGAGACCAGUAUCGAAUGUGAUACUUUUAUCCCUUCAGUUGAUUUUACUGUAUUCCAGCCAUGGCAUUCAUCCUCUCCACUUGUGGAGAACAACAUCAAAUAUUCGUUUGUGACAUAUGUUCGGGUGCGAAGCAAUUCUGAAAUUGCUGUGAGUGCUUUAAGCAAUGAUGCGGCAACUGAUUGCCAUCCAGAGAAGGAGAAGUUUGAAGUUGAUAGGUUUUCAUUUCUUCCAAAAAUGAUAUUUGAUAGACAUGAGGAGUAUCUGUAUCUCAAACUGGUUGAUGAUAUUAUAGCUUCUGGUGCUCAAAAGAGUGACAGGACAGGAACUGGAACGCUGUCAAAAUUUGGAUGCCAGAUGCGGUUUAAUUUGCGUAGAUCUUUUCCAUUGCUCACAACAAAGAGAGUCUUUUGGCGAGGUGUUGUUGAAGAACUCCUAUGGUUCAUCAGUGGCUCAACAAAUGCCAAGGUUCUUCAAGAAAAAGGCAUACACAUCUGGGAUGGCAAUGCAUCAAGGGAGUACCUUGACAGUGUGGGGUUAUCACACAGGGAAGAAGGUGACCUUGGUCCAGUAUAUGGAUUUCAGUGGAGACACUAUGGUGCUGAAUACACAGAUAUGCAUUCCGAUUACUCUGGAAAAGGAUUUGAUCAGUUGAUGGGUGUAAUUGAUAAAAUAAAGAACAAUCCAGAUGAUCGUCGUAUUAUUCUUUCAUCUUGGAAUCCAUCUGAUCUCAAACAAAUGGCUCUUCCUCCUUGUCAUAUGUUUGCACAGUUCUAUGUGGAGAAUGGGGAACUAUCCUGUCAAAUGUACCAGCGAUCUGCAGACAUGGGUCUGGGAGUCCCUUUCAACAUAGCAUCAUACUCUCUCCUGACGUACAUGAUUGCUCAUGUCUGUGGUCUUGUUCCUGGGGAGUUUAUUCAUGUGCUGGGUGAUGCCCAUGUCUACAGAACUCAUGUUAGGCCUUUGCAGGAGCAGCUUCAGAAACAACCGAAACCUUUUCCGAUUUUGAAGAUCAAUCCUUUGAAGAAAGAUAUUGAUUCCUUUGUGGCAUCUGAUUUCAAGCUCAUUGGCUAUGAUCCUCAUUACAAGAUAGAAAUGAAAAUGGCAAUAUAGAGCCAGCCAUAGGUUCUCUCCUUCUAAAUCAAAAGAGAACUCUUCUUCCUUCCUGCCUCUUAAUGUAUGCUCAGGUAAUGUGGUUGGUUAAUCUGUUUGUGGGAGCAGUUCUGUCGGCUUUUACUUUUUUUUUGAGCUGGAAACUGGUUUUCCUUUUUUUUACUCUUGUUUCUUUACCUCACUUUUGCUGGCCAUGAUAUCCUCUGGGAUUAAAGUGCUUGUUUUACAGCCACCUAUUCUAAUUCAGAUGUGCUACUGUAUGAAUAUAGUGGUGAUUUAGGAA